AGAACAUGCAGCCCCAAGCUGGCGUGAGAUAGGAGGAGCUGCUCGAUUCCAAAUCCUACGGGCUGUGUAACACAGUAGGACGCCAACAGAAAUAUCCCCUACACCAACAUGAUCCUUGAAUACCCCCUUAAUCUCCUUGAAUAUCUCGGUAUAGAACCAAGCAAGAAGCCAACCUCUCCUUCUCUGUCAAUUCCAUUCCAUGCUCCAUAAGAAUAUAUCAACACUUUUGCAAGAAGGAUGAAGCUGUUAUCCGCUCCAGUUACAGCUCUGAUGCUGUUCGCUUCACUGUUGGGCCCAGUCCUGUCGACUCCGGUCCAGGCGGAGGCAAAUGAGGUCAACGCCAGCUGUUACAUCACCAGCAAAAAAGGCAAAGACUGCAACGCUAGCUCCUGCAGAAAUGGCGGGGGCAGCUGUACAUACAAUGAUCAGACUAAGAGAUGCCGAACAAGCGGAGACUGGAGUAAGGUUUUUGAAUGCAAGACAAACUGUCGAUGUGCCAAGGGCAGUUGAGGGACACGACGAAUCUGAUGUGACUGCUUAAGGCUCGUUGAGGAGUGAUUAGCCGGGCUAUGGGGGUCUCUUUCAACAAGAGACCAGUUUUGAGCUUUUUGUGAAACUUUACAAGGCAAGGAUAUAACUUAGUUGGUGGAUUUUGGAAUCUGGCCUCGUACAAUCUCUUUACCACGCAUUACCAUUAUUGUUGUUGUUAUCUUCUAUGUUAGCUAGAUAGUGUCGCUUGCUACAAUUGGGUUGUCAAUCAAUCUGCCUGUGUGUCUGGCUAAAUUCUCA